AUGGCUGCUUUGAUUUACGAUCAUUUUGGAAUGUGGAGUGAAGACAUGGAAACUACAAAACCGGCUCAGGAAUGGUGUUGUAAUGAUUAUGACGGACCUAUCGCGUCAUCCCUUUUUGGCUUAUGUUUACGAUAUUUCGCAUUAAGAUACGAAGAGAUCACUGGUCUGCCAAAAUCUAUGAUCCAGAAAAUUGAAAUGUUGAGACAUGAUAUGAACAUUGUCUCAAAAAUGCAUCAAACACAUGUUAUAUUCAAACUUUCCUGGAUCGGCGUCGGGAAGUAUGGCAAUGUAGAUUGGCGUAAGACAUACGCAAAAUGCUAUCGCGAAAUGCCACCGGAUGAUUUUUUCAUAUUUGCAGCUAUUAAUGGAAUUGCUACCAGGGCUUUGUGGAGACGAUUGGAUGAAUUAGAGAGGCGGCAUUUGGCAAAUUCAUAUAGUGAAGUGAUAAGAUACACGGCAACUCUAAUGUUUGAUCCUGCUGUUUUUAAUUUAGUUCAAUAUAAAACUAUAUUGGUCGCGGCACAAAAUGGUUGGCCAGGUGCAGUAUGCGCUUGGAUUGGCAUGCGAAAUAAUACGCUAAGUAAUGUUGAUUAUCUAGAAGAACUGAUCGAAGAUUUCAACGAUUCGGUUGUUGAAACACCCGAUUUAUCACAUGGGAAUAAUCUUGGAAAGGCUACGCUGCUAGCUAUUCGUGAGGGACAAUAUCAUUUGCUUCGUUAUUUACCGAACGUGAAUACUGCUGAUUCAUUUGACUUUUUAUUCACGGAUGGUCGUGUGUCGUUCGAUUUUUUCCAACAAUUAAUUAAUUUUCCAGCAACUGAAAAUCUGUUGAACGAUAAGCUGAGCGAUUACCUAGAAUCUAUCGCGCGAGCUUUACUUACCUGGAUGCCAGAUUCGGAGGUUCAACGUUUGCAACAAAAGGGGAAUGCAGUUGGAGAUAUUAAAUCUAUAAAUUGCAUUAAUCGAAUCUUAAAUGGGAAUGAUAAGUAA